GCUCUCUUGACAUUUGCUCACACACAGGAUGAGACCGCAGCAACUAAGACGUUGUGAGAGAGACGGGAGGAAGUAACAGGCAGAUUUCACAAGCUGCAAAGAAAGGCAGAGGCAGAGGGCACCUAUUGUUUGACUGAAGAAAAUUAGUUUGGGACUUACAACUAGUAUGGCUGCCUGGGAUCUGUCUGUGACAGUGGAGGAGCUUGGCCCAGAGGCCCCACCCCUCAAAGUUAGCGUGACCUCAGACCUGCACAUUGGUGGCGUCAUUCUCAAAAUUGUGGAGAAGACACAGAUAAAGAAGGAUUGGUCAGACCAUGCCCUGUGGUGGGAGCAGAAGCAGCAGUGGCUGCUCCGACCAUCCUGGACCCUUGAGAAGUAUGAGAUCCAUGCCGACGCUCGCCUGAGCCUCACCCCCCAGCACAAGCCUCUAAGACUGGGGCUACCCAACGGGACCACCCUGAGGCUUCAGGCCUGCUUCUCUCGUCCAGUCUUCCAAACGGUCAUGGGGGUCUGUCAUCUGCUGAACCUGCGUCACCCAGAGGAGCUGUCGUUGUUACGGCCAAUGGAGGUGAAGAAAAAGAAAAAAGACAAGGAGGCAGAAGAGGAAGUAGUAUACGAUCUAACAGGCCUUCGGACCUCAUCAGGUCCAGCUCACACCCUGUCCAAUGGCAUGCCUAUGCACUUUGCUGACUCACUGCAGACUGAGGCUGUGUAUAAGAUGUUGUCUGUCAGCCUACCUGCACCUGCUCCUGAGACUAUCACCAAGAUGCCCCGUCCAACCAGCCUUAUGGACAAGGCACAAGUUCACAGCAGAUGGCUGGAUUCGUCUCGUUCUCUGCUCCAACAGGGAGUGCAGGAGCAUGACAGGCUGCUACUACGCUUCAAAUACUACUGCUUCCAUGACCUGGAUCCCAAGUAUGAUGCGGUCCGUCUGACCCAGCUGUAUGAGCAGGCUCGCUGGGCCAUCUUGCUGGAGGAUGUUGACUGCACAGAGGAAGAGAUGAUGCUCUUUGCUGCCCUUCAGUACCACAUUGGUAAGGUGUCUCUGUCAGAGCCCCAGCCGAUGACAUCAUGUCCUGCCAUGGAUGAUCUUGACUCUGCCCUUCAGUGUUUGGAGGUGAAGAUGGAAGCGGAGGAGAGUAUCACUGCGGACAUGCUGGAAACAAUGACGGUAGCACCAGAGCUGCAGGACUACUUGAAAAUCUUCAGACCAAAAAGACUGACACUAAAGGGCUAUAAACAGUUCUGGUUCGCAUUCAACAACACAUCCAUCUCCUACUACAAGAGUAAAGAGGAGAGCCUCAAGGAACCCAUUCAGCAGAUGAACCUCAAAGGCUGUGAGGUGGCCCCAGACGUUAGUGUGGCUGGUCAGAAGUUCUGCAUCAGACUGCUGAUCCCUGGCGCUGAGGGCAUGAACGAAGUCUACCUACGCUGUGAGAAUGAGCUGCAGUACAGCAGGUGGAUGGCAGCUUGCCGUUUAGCCUCCAAAGGGAAGACACUAGCAGACAGCUCUUUCUCUAGUGAGGUGCAGAAUAUCCAGUCUUUCCUGGCCAUGCAGCGAACCAACCCUGGGGCCAAUAUUGCUCAGACUGAUGACAGCAUCAACACAUACAGCCUUGUAUCCCCACGCUACCACAAAAAGUACAAAGCCAAACAGCUAACUCCACGCAUCCUGGAAGCCUAUCAGAAUGUGGCCCAGCUCCCUCUAACAGAUGCCCUCCUCAGGUUUCUUCAAAUCUGGCAGGGUCUACCUGACUUUGGGGUGUCCUAUUUUGUGGUGAGGUUUAAGGGAUGCCGUAAAGAUGAAGUCCUUGGGGUCACCAACAACCGUCUCAUCCGCAUUGACCUCAGCAUAGGAGAUGUGGUGAAGACAUGGAGAUACAACACCAUGAGGCAGUGGAAUGUCAACUGGGAUAUUCAACAGAUGGCCAUUGAGUUCAAUGGCAAUGUGAACAUUGCCUUCAGCUGUGUGACUGCAACCUGCAAGAUUGUGCACGAGUACAUUGGGGGCUACAUCUUCAUGGCCACACGCACCAAAGAGCAGGCCGAGGUGUUGAACCAGGAGCUCUUCUUCAAGCUGACUGGUGGUCAUGAAGCCAUCUAAACAUCCAUGAAUAUCUGUAUCUCAGAAUGCACCUCUUCAUGGUUUUACGUUACAUGGACAUGCGGUCAGUUGAACCAUUUCCACAAUUGUAUUGUUAUUACUCGACCAUACAACAUGUUUUUCUGACGUUAUAAAAGUCAAUUUAGUUUUCAAAUGUUUGUGUAUUUUUGUAUUGAAAUGUAUUCAAUAGGUUACAUCAAUAAUAUUAAAUGAAUGGCAAGCAAAAAAAAUGGCUUAUUAUUUGCUCUGUUGUUGUGGUUGUUAAAAAUAAUAAGAUGUAAAAGGUGCACAGUUUUUUUUGUGGCUGACGGGGGAAACUUUUUGCCCACACUGCAGAUGGCUAUGUUGGUUUUGUUAUUGUCAUUAUUCAGAUUUUUCAGGGGGUUGCAGCAGCACCCUCAGCACCCCUACUUCCCAUGUCUAAGAGGCAGGCCUACAUUCACAGUCAGACAAAGGCUGUUUUAGGCUUAUCUCACAGGACUGAAUAAUUCAGCUUUAAUAGUUUCAAUUUUUAUUAGUCGUACAUUGAGCUCCAAAGUAUGUUUUGUUGUUGUUUUGGCUCUGUACUCCCACACUUUGGAUUUGAAAUGAUAGAAGGACUUUGAGGUUAAAGUUCAGACUGUCAGCUUUAAAUUGAGGGUAUUUUCAUCAAAAUCUGGUGAAACGUUUAGAAAUUAAAGCACUUUUUGUACUUAGUCCCCUCCAUUUUAGUGGGCUAAAAGUAUUGGGACAAAUUCCCUUAUAUGUGUAUCAAAGUAGUAAAAAGUGAA